UUAAACCCGACAAUCCAACUGCUGCAAUUGUACACGUAUUCCCAUCCGUCGAGCCAAUUGUUCGUUAUCUUCUAAUCCAAUUUUCUUCCGCCCUCUCUCUCGCACCCAGACCGGAACCACUAAGCCAACCUUGGAGACGGCCAUGCUCGCAUUCAUGGCCUUCUCAUCUCCGCCUUACACGCUCUCUCUCCUCCGCCCAACCUACAACCCUUCUCUCUCGCCACCGCUCUUCGCUUCCCCCACCUUUCAACCCCAUCUUCGACUAUUUCAACUCUUCUCUACUUCUCAUUCUCUCUCCAAACUCCCACUCACUACCAAAUUCCAAUGCAUUAGCAAAGACGAAGCCCGGCCAACCUCCACGUCCGAUCCCAAGGCCGGAGUCUCGGUCUACAAGCCCAAGUCCUACCAAGUUUUAGUUACAGAUGCAGCAAAUUCUCUUGCUCGUGCUAUUGAGGACGGCAAGACCCGCCUGGAGAUUGAUUUCCCGCCCUUGCCUAGCAACAUUUCUUCCUAUAAGGGAUCUUCAGAUGAGUUCAUUGAUGCCAACAUUCAACUAGUCUUGGCUGUCGUGAGGAAGCUCCGGGAAACAAAGGAAACCAGAGCUUGCAUUGUGUUUCCUGAUAAGCCAGAGAGGCGCAGGGCCUCUCAACUUUUUAAAGCAGCUCUUGACUCGAUUGAUGGUGUAACCAUAGGUUCCCUGGAUGACGUCCCAAGUGGUCCUGUCACAAAAUUCUUCAGGUCUAUAAGGAAUACUCUUGAUUUUGAUUUUGAAGAUGACAACGAAGACCGUUGGCAGUCUAAUGAUCCUCCAUCCAUCUAUAUAUUUAUUAACUGCAGCACACGAGAACUUGCGUCCAUAGAGAAGUAUGUGGAAAAUUUUGCUCAAUCAACUCCUACACUUCUCUUCAAUCUGGAACUUGAUACAUUGCGUGCUGACUUGGGCAUUCUGGGAUUUCCGACAAGAGAUUUGCACUACCGAUUUCUUUCUCAAUUCACUCCCGUGUUUUAUAUCCGAAUCAGAGAAUACUCAAAGACAGUAGCAGUAGCACCUUACAUUGUGAAUUACAGUGGAGCACUGUUUCGCCAGUACCCAGGACCUUGGCAGGUGAUGCUUAAACAGACAGAUGGUUCUUAUGCUUGUGUAGCUGAGAGUGCAACACGCUUUACACUGGGUGAAACCAAAGAAGAACUGUUGAGGGUGCUGGGACUGCAAGAGGAAGAAGGGAGCUCACUAGAAUUUCUCCGCAGAGGCUACAAGGUUUCCACUUGGUGGGAAGAGGAAGUAGACAUGGAAGCAUCUUCUGCAUGGCGCAGUUAACAGACAGAUGUUGAAGUUCCAAUUAAUCAGGGUCACUCAACCCUAUAUUAUUCCAGAAGAUCCAGGCAUAAAGCUUGCACUAUCAUUUCUUCUCUUCCUUCCUUCCCUUUUUUUUUUCUUUAAAUUUUGUCUGUGUAAUGUAUUAUUUUUUUCCUUUUCACUUUAAAUGAUUUGACUUUCUCCGCUUUGAACCGGAGAUUUUUUUUUCGUGCCCUGUUUGAUUGUGGAGUGUGUAAGAAAAGAUAGAAAAAUAAAUUGUAGCGUCGUAAG